AUGGCGGACACUGCCACGCCAGUCGACCUCUCUUCAGAGAAGACGGAGAAGAAGGAGACGCUGCCUCCCACCGACAUUGAGGGAGCAUCCAAAGACCUGGACCCUUUGGAGCUUCUAGAAAAGAUUCGAAGCACCGAUGAUGCCCAUCCCCAACGUUGGCCCUUGUGGAAGAAAUGGCCCAUUGUCUUUAUAUACUGUCUGCUUCAGGCCUUCGUCACCAUCACGUCCACCAGUUAUGUGUCGGUCGAAUUUCUGAUCCAGGAGAAAUGGCCCUCGACGACUCAAGUCGUGACUCUGGGACAGUCCAUGUUUGUCGUGGGCACUGCUGUCGGGCCUGCGUUCCUGGGACCUUUAUCCGAUAUUGGAGGUCGCAAAUGGGUCUAUGUCGGCUCAAUUCUCCUUUACGCGAUCCUCAACAUUGGCACAGCUCUAGCAGAUAAUCUGCCCAUGCUGAUUAUUUUCUGCUUCCUCAUCGGAGUGGCAGGGUCGGUGGCCUUGAGCAAUGUCGCCGGAACAAUCGCAGAUCUCUUCGGGGAUGCCGAUGAUGCCGCACAGCCCAUGGCUCUGUUCGUGUUGAGCGCAAACUUCGGUCCUAGCUUUGGUUCGCCCAUUGGUGAAUGGAUAGCAGAGAAUCCCUCGCUCUCAUGGCGCUGGAUUUUCUAUAUCAACAUCAUCAUUGGCGGCGCAUUUGCAUUUGUGCUGUGCUUUGUGCCGGAAACACUCCCCCGGAUUGUCAUCUCUCGAGCAGUAAAGCGCCGAGGAAGCGUGGAUCAGAAUGCCGUCGAGAUCGCUCUUGCGUCCAGCAGAUUGACCAUUCUCAAGGAAAUGAGAUUCGUGGCGACUAUGGCGUUGAGGAUCAUGGUGACCGAACCGAUCGUGAUGUCGCUUGGACUGUACAACGGAUUCGCGUAUGGAUUGCUCUUUCUGUACCUCGACGGCGUGUUCGAUGUGUUCGUCGUCAACAACGGACUCAGCUAUAUCGACGCAGAUCUCACGUAUCUGAACUUCUGUGUUGGAGUCACUAUAACGUUCUGCUUCGUCCCAGUACAGACCUACCUCUUCCGCCGCUACAGGCUGAAACACGGGCAUAAACCAGAAGCCCGGUUCCUCACCUCCCUGGUGGCUGUCUGGGGGUUCCCAAUUUCGCUGUUUUGGUUCGCCUGGACCAGCGAUGGAAAUACAUCAUAUUGGUCGCCCAUCGUUGCCGGCGCUGUUCUUGGGUUCUGUGAUCCGCUUCUCUGGCUCGCCAUGUUGAACUACAUCACCGACUCCUAUCCCAACGUCGCAGGGAGCGCGAUUGCUGCCUUCCUGAUCCCGAGUUUCCUCAUCGCCGCUGCGCUGGCCCACGCCGGUGUGGCCAUGUUCGAGAACAUGGAUUCCGACUGGGCGUUUUCGACACUGGGCUUCAUCAGCAUUGGUCUGGUCGCCCUGGUGUAUGUGCUGUUCUUCUUCGGACCGAAGUUGAGGUCGUGGAGUAAAUUGGCAAGGAAAUUCUGA